GAGAUGGUGACGCUCCUUCAAAACUCCAGUCUCACGGCGGCGGGAGCAGAUUGCUUGAGUCAUCUGGAGGUUCAUAACUUUACCAAAUCCUUUAUAGCUUGUCUGCCAGUGAGCUAGAUGCCUGCACUUGUCAGUAGGUGAUCUUGUUAUAUAUAAGCUUAAAGAAAAGAUAAAAAGAGAAGAAGCACAAUAAAGUACCUAAUGCAUUUACACGGGUAGACUGUGAAGCUCGUGUAGAGUGUCUUUAUAUGUGCGCACCGCUGGUGCCAGACGCGCGUUUCCAGCCCGCGCUGGUGAUGCGAUGCCCCGCAACCACAGCGGCGAUGAGGGCGGCACUGGUCUCUGGAUGAAGACCUCGCAGCACUAUGGCAUGAAAGAUGUUGAAUCCGGUCGUGGGACGAUGAACUGCGCGACCAGGACAGGCGACAGCCUUCUGUCGGCGCCGGGCACAACAGGUGCAGGAGCCUCAGAGAACCAGAGAAGAAAGCAGGGCGCCCGGCUGAGCUUGCUGGGGAAACCGCUCGCUUACAGCGCGCAGAGCGGCCGGAGAAACGCGCGCUACAGGAAGCUCCAGAACUACCUCUACAAUGUCCUGGAGAGACCGCGAGCCUGGGCAUUCGUUUACCAUGCCUUCGUGUUCACUUUGGUGUUUGGCUGUCUGGUUCUGUCUGUAUUCUCCACCAUCCCUGCUCAUAUGGACCUCUCCAAUCACUGUCUCCUUAUUCUGGAGUUUGUGAUGAUUGUUGUGUUCGGUCUGGAGUACAUCAUUCGCAUCUGGUCGGCUGGAUGCUGCUGUCGCUACAGGGGAUGGCAAGGGCGACUGCGCUUUGCAAGAAAACCAUUCUGUGUCAUAGACAUUAUUGUGCUCAUUGCAUCCAUCGCAGUGGUUUCAGCUGGUAGCCAGGGCAAUAUUUUUGCCACGUCUGCACUUCGCAGUCUGCGUUUUUUGCAGAUCUUGCGCAUGGUGCGUAUGGACAGGCGAGGUGGUACCUGGAAACUGCUCGGAUCUGUAGUCUACGCUCACAGCAAGGAGCUUGUGACUGCCUGGUACAUUGGCUUCUUGGUGCUGAUCUUUUCUUCGUUCUUGGUCUACUUGGUGGAAAAAGAGUUUAACAAACAGUUCGCCACCUACGCUGAUGCUCUUUGGUGGGGUACGAUCACACUCACCACCAUUGGGUAUGGUGAUAAGACUCCACAGACCUGGACCGGGCGGCUUCUUUCUGCAGGGUUUGCUUUGUUGGGCAUAUCGUUCUUCGCUUUGCCUGCUGGUAUUCUUGGCUCUGGCUUUGCUCUGAAGGUCCAAGAGCAGCACAGACAGAAGCACUUUGAAAAGAGGAGAAACCCAGCAGCCAGCCUCAUACAGUGUGUGUGGCGUAGCUAUGCGGCUGAUGAGAACUCGGUUUCCAUUGCUACCUGGAAGCCUCAUUUGAAGGCGUUGCAUACCUGCAGCCCUACAAAGAAAGACCAGGGGGAAUCCAUCAGCAGUAAGGGUCAUAGUAAUAGACAGAGGCUCUUCAGGAGGUAUACCACACGGAAAUAUAGUCAAAAGUUAAGUUUUCGGGAGCGCGUGCGCAUGGCCAGUCCUCGCGGUCAGAGCGUGAAGAGCAGACAGAUGUCAGUGAAUGACCGCCGCUCUCCUGCUACAGAGGUUGGGGUUGAGGGCAGCAGCCCUGCCAAGGUCCAGAAGAGCUGGAGUUUCAAUGACCGAACACGCUUCCGGCCAUCACUGAGACUCAAGAGCCAAUCACGCACACCGGCUGAAGCUGAUACAAAUCUCGGACCAGAUGAUGCCUUCGAUGAGAAGGGUUGCCAUUGUGAUGUGACUGUGGAAGAUCUCUCUGCCCCACUAAAGGCGGUGAUCAGGGCUGUCAGGAUAAUGAAAUUCCACGUGGCCAAGAAGAAGUUUAAGGAGACACUUCGGCCGUAUGAUGUAAAAGAUGUGAUUGAGCAAUACUCUGCUGGUCACCUGGAUAUGCUAUGUCGUAUAAAGAGUCUCCAGACUAGGUUGGACACCAUUGUGGGUCCACAGACCCUGAGCAGCAAAGCCAAGACCUUUUCUUCUCCUUCCCUGCACUUGUAUUACAGCCAGGCCAAGAGGAAACACUCUGCCCCAGGACUCGCCACAGCUGUGGGUCCACUCAGCGCCAAAGCCAGGAAUCUUUCCUCUCCCUCUCUACACAUGUAUUACAGCCAAAGCAAGAAGAAGCACGCUGGGGUGGAUCAGAUACUGGGAAAGGGCCAGAUUUCAGUGGACAGGAAAGGCAGAGAGAAAAUCCUACCAGAAGGAGAAUCCUUGGAGCAUGACAUGAGCAUGCUUGGCCGUGUUUGUAAAGUAGAGAGACAAGUACAGUCCAUUGAGUCAAAGUUGGACUCACUACUGGAUAUAUACCGGCAAGUGUUGCAAAAAGGCCCCUCUUCGAUGCUUGGUCUGUCUGCUUUGCCCCUGUUCGAGCUGGAUCAAACGUCCGACUACCAAAGCUCCAUCCAUAGUAAGGAUUUGUCAUCCUCCUCCCAGCUUACCGGCAGCAGUGUGUCUCGGUCGGGCAGCAGUAACCUGCACCGUGGUCUUCAUCUUGCUUUGGCCCCUAGUGAACUCAACUUGGGUACCGGUUACCCGCAUUCCGUCUCCUCCUUCUCACCUUCCCCUCUCCUGAACAACCAACCCUCCAGCCCGGACAGUUUCUACCCAGCGUCCCCUCCACCCAUUCUCACCCCCAACAACCUUUCCAGGAGUCACCAGCGGUUCAGUGAUCUGACCAGGCCGGUCCCAACAGUACAUUCAGCCUCAUCGACCCUUCAGCUCCCUCCAAUGGUACCAACGACUCAAAGUCGGUCUACCAGCCUUAUCCCAGAGACGCUACAGGAGAGCCGGGCGGAGUGUCUGAGCAAUUGCCUGUUGAGUACCCAAACCGAGGAUGAGACGGACAGGGAAGCCGAGAGUAUUCAAAGCACGGUACAGCUACGGGACAAGCCCGAACGUAACCCCAAGGAAGAUGGGUCGUGGAGAAGACACUUGAGCCUUGACAUUGAUCCUCUUAUGCUCAUGUCUUCCACAACAGCUGCCUCUCUACAGGUCGAACGUGGACUCGGUAAGUCUCUUUCUGCUCAGAACCUCAUGCUACCGACUGCUGCCGACUGCCACCCCAGCCUGUCCACUCGGAGCAGCGGCAGCAGCAACAACGAGUCCAGCGAUCGCGAGCCGCUGGCUGACUGGGGCGAUACGGAGCUCUUCGUCAACGACAAAGAGGUGGACACCACAGAGGGUGACCGUUACCACCUCCACCGACAAAGCAACGAUACGACCUUCUCUUCUGAGCUGCUACGGACAGGACCCAGUGGGCCGUCUCCCAGCCAGGCUGGACCAAGAGAUGGUCUGGAGUCCCAUAACUUGCCUCACGUAUGCCUCGAAUAACACCCGGAGCACAGGAACCUCACUGUGGAGACUGGACACAACCUCAUGUCCCUCAUGUGCUUCUUUUCCAAAGGAAAUGGAGUGUCCUGUAUGCUCUAUAUGUUUUCUAAUUUUCACAAGAAGACGACAUGCUGUUCAUACGUUUAUGUUCAUACGUACAUAUCAAUGCAUGGACAAUUUAUCAAAAAAAGAGAAUUUAUAUUAACAAGAAACUGUUGUGGAAAAAAUAUUCCGGGUUCAAUAUACGUUAAGCUCAUUUGACAGGUUUGUGAUGUAAUGCUUAUUACCUCCGUAAACACCACAAAUGACUGAAAGUGUGUGAAUGUAACAAUAUGAAGGAUCUUAAAAUCAAGAAAACUUACAUUUCUGCUUUUAAAUCGUCCAGAAAAUGGCCCCAUUCAUUUUCACUGUGAGUGCAUUACCCUAACCCGUAUACUGUUUAUGCAUUUAGAAUGUAUAUGCGUUUCUUUGUUAAUCAGUAUUAUGCCACAAAUGCUGUCGACUGAGUAUAACUUGUGUUGAACCUAUAAUAUUGCUUUAAAAUAAUGAAGGGUUAUGAUACCGAAUGAGCCUUGCAUGGGAUCGGCAUGUUUAAAAUGCAACAACAAAUAGAAUUGGAAGUGUGUAUGCACCUGUAAUUAUCCCUCACUCAGCAUUAGGAUUUAUUUCUCACUUCCUUCUAAAUGUUUGGCAGUCCACUCAUUUGCAUGUGUUAAGAAAUUGUGGUGGGAAUAGCAGAAAAAGUCAGACGGUCUUUGUCCACAACCACGUUAAUCUGUGAUACUAUGCAAACCUCAGCCAAUCAAGCAGGGUUUGCAAGCAGCUCCAGAGGAAACUCAGAAACAAAUGCAUCUUCACGCUGUAGCUUGCACAGAUAUAUGCUUUCUUAAUUUGACUGUGUCCUUUAAAACCCGAGAGUCUUAGCAUCUGAGGAAAGCCGAAUGUUGUUAAAGAGACGGUAUGUUGUGUUUAGGUGUAAUGUCUUGUGAGGAUGUAUUUGUAACAGUCAGGCUUUAUAAAAAGCACUGAUUUCUGAUUUUUCGAACUCCCGAGUCCUUGUGUGGAUAUUUGGCUGCUAAGAUGUAAAAAGAAUCAUUUUCAUCAUGACAAUAAAUCACACUUGCAAUAUCAUAACUAAUGAUUGUAAUUAAAUUUUACAUGUAUUUUGAUUGCUUUAUAACCUGCAUCCAUAUAAUCAGUCAAAUUUUUAUCGAAACUGCGGCAAUAUCUCAUUUCUGUUGUAUUUACUGAUUUUGUUCUUUUAAAUUCUGUAGCAAGCAGGCGUCUUAUACCUAAACCUCAGCUUUGUAACUUCUGUUCUACAUUUUUUAUUCCAUGCUUCUGAAUGGUACAAUAAGUGCUUUAGCUAAAAUGCUUGUCUGUACAACUUAGAAUGUAAAGUGUAUUAUUAUGUGUACGUAAACUAACCAUGAUUAACUGUUCAAAAAAAUUUUUUGUUUGUUUGUUUUUGUCUCUAUUUUUUGUUAAAAACAUCUGAGGUGUUCAUUAAGGAUGUUUUUGGCACUGUACAAUUGGAAGCACAACUGUUCAGAUGUGUAGAGGAAACCUGCAAAUGUGAUUAAUUGUUUUAACAUGAAUAAUGCUUUAAAUAAGAUUUAUAAUCCAGAGAUAGUUGAGAUGCUUAUUUUGCUCUAGAGUUGAGGUAAAUAAUAUAGGCACCUGAGAAUUUAACUGAGAAAAUGUCAACAGCUGUGGAACUAACUGAUGCUUGAAAUGCAGAAAAAGGGUUGUACAGAAAUAUAGUCUUCUUAACACAUCAUGAUUAAUAAUAUUACUAUUGUUAUUGCUUUUCUGAAAGUUUUAAUUUGUAAUUCAAUGUUUUACGGUGCCUUUUUGCAUUUUAUUAAACAUUUAUACAACUUCUGUAUUCACAGUACCUUGAACUCUUAUUGAAAUUGUUAUAUUUUGACAAUUGCACAUUCUCUGUUUGGCUGUGAACUUAAAGCAUCUGUCAGUUUAAGCAGCAUUUCUUUGUUUUACCACUAGAUCAAAUAAUUUAUUACACGGAAACUGGCCUUAAUAUACAUGCUUGAUAAUGUUAGUGUUCUCUGUCAUUCAGAAUAAUUUAUUUCAUCAUUGUGCACAUAACAGAGUUGAUGCUCUGGGAUUGAAAAAUGCAAAAUGAAAAUUUAUGAUCAUCAUAAUACUUAAAUAAACAAAAUACUUGAAACUUG